GAGAAAAGAGUCGCGUCCUCAGAACUCGAGGUCGAGUCCAAGAAUGAGCUCGAUGUCCAGUCCAGCCGCACUUCGGUUCCGCCAGGGGCUGAGGUGAUGCAAGGCUGAGAUGGUUUCCCAAGGCGCGCAGACCAACGGCAACGGCGUCCGCCGGAAGCUGAUCAAGAGCUUCUCGGAGGCGGCGCACUACGAAGGUCUAGAGUACGAGAUCUACGACCUCGACGACUUUAUCGAGCCUCCCCUGCCCUCCCGAGCCGCGUCAGAGGGGCCUCCGCCUUGCCCUCCGAGGUUUUCCCCUUACGACGAGAUCCCACUCGAGGAUGGCCCGGCGCCGCCUCCGCCGCUCAAGUUCCGACAGAAUUACCAUGAGAUCUUCAUCGAUUCGUCGCCGAGGAAGCCGCGCCGGAGACUGCAGAAGACGCUCUCGGAGGGCGAGAUCCUCUCCGAGCGGCGGAGGGCCCUUAGCAUGGCCUCGGGCUACCUGGAGGUGGACAUCAAUGGCUUUAGUGGUAACGAGGAGGAGGUUAUUGAACCCCAGUGUGUCGACGAAUGUUCCCGCGAUCUCUCUCGAAGCAGAAUCUUCAGUCAUCCUUCGCUCUUGGAGGAAGAGGAAGAGGAAUUCCACGAGAAUAUGUUCCACAAGGAGAUCUUACCAGCCUCCCUCUCCCCAGAGAGGAAGAUGUCCCAAGUGUCCACCGAUUCUGACCUGAAGACUUUUGACCCCAAUGAGUUCCGGACGGAAGAGCACCUCCUGAGUCAGCUGGCCGCUCUGUCCUCCGACUCCCUUGGCGAGAGCGGAACCUCCAUGUUUGAGAGUGGAGGCAUCCCCGAGGGGCUGCUCAUGAGGGAUGGUUCGCCCUUACCCUUUGCUAGCACAGCCAAUGACCUUGUGAGUCCAGUUGAGUUCGGGGACCACUUUGAGGAGUCCAUGAGCGAAAGUCAGGUUACGGUGGUCCAGCGGGCCUUGGCAGCCUCGUCACAGGUCAUCACUUCGGAUUCGGAGAACGGAAGCUUCCACCUGACGGACCACUCCUCUGCAGCCACCACGCCUUCCACUCGCCACAAGAGCCUCCCUGCUGCCGGCAGCUUCGAGGAGGACAUGGACGACGAGCUUCCUCGGCUGCGCAUGUCAGGCAAGGUCCAUAGCAUUACCACUCUUUCAUCCAUUGAGGACGAGCCAACAAGCAUCAGUGAAAACGUCAUAUCAGAGGGUUCCCAUGACGUCGUCUCCACUAGCACCACAUCAAGCGAAGUUGACAAGGCCAUUGCCAGCUCCACUGACAGUGACUUCACUUCCAUCCGCAGUGGAGACUCCAUGACAAUAAAGUCGGAAGCACUGGAGGAAGGCGAGUUUGAAGGAGACAUUGUGAUUGAAGAGAAUAUAAUGGCGCGCUUAGUACAGGGAAUGAGAGCUGGGGAUAUUCCACACCAAUUCAUUAUCAAAUCCUCGGAUUUUCGAGAUGAUCUGAGGAAGCUUGCAUCACCCGAGUCAGAUUCCUCCAGCAGUCAUUUCACUGAACAAGAAACGUCAAGGAGCCCGGUAUCAGGCACAACUAAUACUAUUACAUCCAAGUCUGACCUGUCACGCACAGACUCACACCAGACUGAUCAGUCAGAAACCUCCGAAGACUACAUUACGGCCACGGAAAACAGCAUGAAUGGCCAGGAAGCUCGACGUAGCUAUUACUAUGAGGAAAGGCAUGUGUCCUCUCCUCCAGAGAUGGAUGACAUCUAUGAAGAUGAAGCUUUGACCCCUAAGAUACUUAGCCCCGAAGCGAGCGAGGUGUUAGGAGAUUUGCUUGAGACACAAGAAAUUAGUGAUAUCACUGAAGGCCUAAGUGUAACUAGUGACUUUGAGACGGCUCAGGACCUCACAUCUCCUGAUGGCGACACCACCACCUCAGCCAGCUAUUAUAUUGAGCAUUCUAUAGGUGAAGAAUCAGAAAAGCUAUUCCCUGAAGUCAAAACAAAGCCAGAAGUACCUCCAAAGCCAUCAUUUUUACCUAAACCAGAAAUACCACCAAAACCUGAGAGGCUCUCUCCAGCGCGAGAGACUUCUGCUCAGGGGGAAGAGCCAGACGAAGACACUCCUCAGGAUGAAACACCUCCUCAGUUUCCAGAAAUCCAAGUCGAAAUCACAGUGAAAAGGAGAGAAAAGCCUGUUGAAGAGAGCAAAACAGGAGCAAUUAAAAAGAGAUAUUCUGGUGGUGGUAAAGUAGCUAAGGACGACAAUAGAAGAUAUUCAAAGUAUUUUGAAGAUAAUGAGCAAGGGGAGUUGUCAGAAGUAAAAGGACAGAACCAGCAAUCUUGGUCAGAAGAAGAGAGAGAGAAGGCAAAACAGACAAUGAAACUGGACUUUCCUCCAGGUGUUACAAUGUUCGGAGAGGCUCCAAACUGGCCUGUACCUGACAAUCUCAAGACUGGAGAAGUAGAAAAGAAACUAAAAGUGUUUGAUAAACCCAAGAAGUCUGUAAAAAUCGACCUUGCCAGUGUUGAAGACCUCCAGGCCAAGUCGAAACCUGAAAGUCCUCAGGCAAAAGAUAAAGUGAAUGAAACAAAGCAAGUUCCUGCAAAAUAUGACAAAGUCAAACGUAAAUCUGAUGAAGGAACUCCACAAGGAAUGGUAAGGAGUCCUGCAAUGCAUGAAGGAUUUAGACUAGAAGAUUGGACACCUGUCCGGACUCCAGGAACUCCUGAGAGAGCUUUGGAUUUUGAUACGUCGGAUGAAUCCUGUUCUGAUCUACCUCGACAUCCACCAAAAGCUCGGAGUCCGGGGAAAAGGGCAAAAGAAGCCGGCGGAAAGAAAUUUGGAAGUCCAGGUACUGAAAGUGACCUCACAGCAAAGCAAGCAAGUGAAAAACAAAGUCCAGGGAAAACAAUAGAGACCUCUAAAGAUUACGAAGAAACAAGAGGAAGCCCACCAAAGCAGGUGCGACAAAGUCCAGGGAAAACAGAAACAAAACAACCGAGUCCAGUUCGCGAAACUGUCACCAGCAGAACUGAAAUCACUCGAGGACAUUCCCAGGAAGUACACUUGCGCCACCCUCCUGCUGGCGUCCACACUUCAGGAAGUGAUCCAAAGAAAAGGCUUAGCGAAAUAUCCAUCGGUUCAACACCCGAAGUUACAGAUGUUCAGAAGCGACAUUCAGCCGAGAUCCUCACACGGAAUGUAGAGAGUCAGGAUCACCUGAAACCCAAGGGACCUGUAACAGGCUACCUAAGAGCAGGCAGUCAGAGUCCCACCUCAAGAGAGAGACCUCUACAGCUGCCAGAAAACAAGCUCCUCACUAUCGCUCCCCUGAAGGAUGCGAGGAAGAGUGCAGAGUCCUUGAGAUCACUGAGUCCAGGGUCUGACAACGUGUUUCUCAGUGGCAGCAGAGAACAGCUAGAAGAAGACUCCAGGGGCAGCCUGUGUGUGCAGUGCGGAGAGAGACCAGCGUCUAGAGAGGGUACCCUCAGACCGUCGCCUCCUUCAGGACACACGAUCACUGUGGAGCGCAGACUGUCUGACAGGGAACCUUCUCGAACUAGGGGAGUCAGCCACCGUGCCAAGUCCGAAGAAAGGAACUCCUUCUCCAGGGACUGGGGGGUCACGCCCAUCAGCCUGGAAGUGGGAGACGCGCCCAGACACGACAGCGAUGACGACGAAAUGGGCGUGUACAUGGACGCCUACAGGGCCUUCUCGUGGGUGUACGUCGCGCCCCACGAGGAAGCCAAGGUCUGGCAGCGCGACGAAGGGCGGCCGACAUCCGGGUCUCCAGACCUGAGGAUCCCGGGCUUCGAGGACGCCGUCGACGCGCCGCCCACGCAGGAGGACGAGACGCUGGCCGAGAGCGAGGCUACGCAGGCGGUGGAGGAAAGGGGGCGCCGCGGAUCGAGUGAGUCCACCACGAGCGAGCAGGAGUUCCGGCGGAAGUACCAGGCCAUCACCCAUCGCAUGGUGCACCGGAAGGCGUCGGUGGAGAUGUACAAGCGCCUCAUCCAGGCCGCCUUCCAAUCGGACAAGGCCGUGACCGUGAGUCGGGAGUCGGGCGAGUUCGGGUUCCGGAUCCACGGGUCGCGUCCGGUCGUCGUGUCGGCCAUCGAGCCCGACACGCCCGCGGAGACGUGCGGGCUGGAGGUGGGCGACAUCGUCAUCAGCAUCAACGGCACCAACGUCCUCGACGCCUCGCACUCGGACGUCGUCCGCCUCGCGCACGCUGGAUGCGACACGCUACGACUGGAGGUCGCGCGGACGUGUGACGUACUGACUCCCCUUGUGACUCCUGACCCCACGCCCUUGUGCGCCGGCUACCUGUACAAGCUGGGCGGCGCGAGACACAGCCCCGGCGCGUCGGGAGUCUCCAGAACGUGGCACCGGCGCUGGUUUGCUCUCAAGAAGGACCACUGCUUGUACUAUUACAAGUCAGAAACGGAGCAGCAUCCACUAGGCGCCGUGCACUUGCUAGACUACAGCGUCCACGCCCUCGCCGACGUGGGCAAGCCUUUCUCAUUCACCGUUGCCAAGUUCGGGGGCGUGACCUUGCACCUGGCCGCCCACACAGACGACGCCCGCAAUAGGUGGGGGCAGGUCAUCACGCAGGCCGCAGCACAGGCGAGCCAGAGAGACGAGCUGCUGGAGGUGUCCGCGCGGCGCGUGCAGCAGGCCCCCUCCGCCAUCACGUCCCCCGACUGCUUCGGCUUCCUGCACAAGCUGGGGGCGCGCUGGCACCAGUGGAAGCGCCGCUACUGCGUGCUCAAGGACGCCUGCCUCUAUCUCUACCACGACACGGAGGCGAACCAGGCUAUCGGCGUGGUGUACCUGCACGGCUACCGAGUCCAGAGCACGAGCAUAGGGGGGAAGAGACACGCCUUUGAGCUGCUUCCGCCUGAGCCGAAGUUCAGACAUUUCUACUUCUACACGGAAUCGGACAGUGAUAAGAAAAGAUGGUUGGCUGCCUUAGAAUACUCAAUAGACAGAUGGAUCAAGGUGGGCUGACGCCUUUGUCCGAGCUGAAGGAAAGAGGUCCCACAGUCGACGGGGAGGUGGUGACGAGGACUGCCUUAGGAGAAGAGCUCUCACUGGAAGACGCAAAAGAAGAAAAGGAAAGAGAGAGUCAGA